GAGGGAACGUGACGAUGUUCGAGGCCUUCAAUCUGUUCAUCCUGAACAUCUGCCAGGUGUGCGGUUCCUACCAGUGUCCGUACUGCCCCGACUACAAUGGUGGCGCCACCAUCGGCCUCAGCUGGAUGCUCGUCAUCGUCGCCGUGACGACCGCCGUCGCCACCGCCGCCAAACACUCAAUAUGGCGGCCCUAGCAUCGCAUAAUCACAUAGUAACUGUAGGUGCUAGUAACCCGUCGGUUGGGCGAGCCGCUCACCUAGGACGAGACACUGCCUUGUGUUGGUUGAGCUGCAUGCCACCUGGUGGAUCCAAGACUGCUGACGCUGCAGCGUGCUGCCGUUUUUCGUGGGACGUCUGCACUCACGAGAGCGCAGUAUCGUUGCACUCGGCACAGACAAGAGAACAGUCUUGUGUAGAGGGUGCAUCUGGGAUGAAGACCGACGAGGUUUCGCCGCGUUAUCGCCCCCUAGUGUCCGUCGUCUGCACGUGCCACGAGAAGCGUUCCUCGAGACGAAGGCAAGAAAUUGACGAGAGCGAGCGGCAGUCUACACUAGGGGACGCCGACGUCGGUUGCUACGGUUACGCACGCAUCACGUCACCGUCCAUGUUAGAAAGCGCGGGAUCAUUGCUGUCGUGGGAAAUCCUCAUGAAGCACGUGUACAUAGGUUUUUUUACGUAAUUUUUAUCUAGUAUAUCGCGGCAGGUGGGACCCCCCACCCCCACCCACACGGACGUUUUAUUGUCUACAUUCCAUACGAAACAUUCCAUAAUUCUCGUGUGUGUAUAUAUAUAUAUAUAUAUAUACACGUAUAUGUAUGUGUAGCCAGCUCCUGUCUUUUCAUGAUCAUGUGACCAGCGGAAGCCAAGCUGAGUGCUGCGUUGUACAUAAUCACAUGUUGCUAUGUAUGUGACCUGCAGGAGUUGCACAGACGCGCGUCUUAUAGCGUGGGGUUUUUAUAAGAGCCGUGACAUGGAGGCCGGGUGUAAAUUUAAGCAAAUCACGUUUUAGAGUCUAGAUCGCGCGGUGUGUUCUGUAGAUUGACGGUUGGAAGUCGACACUGUUACGACUAACGUGAAAUUCAACGUAGAGCAAGAUCUUAUUUUUUGCUGCAUUUUAACAAAAUCAUGAUGAAAUUUCCCCGUUUAUCAUUUGUAACCUGAAAAGACGAUUUUAUGCAGGGAUAUUCUAAAGAUUAUUAUUUUACAUCGACGUUAUUUGAUAACUACAUUAUCCCUGGUUCGUACGAGAUUAUGACUCACAGUGCUGCCCUCUAUCAGCAGCUGAGUUUGAUCUCUAAUAGUAAUAUCAGGAGUUAAUAAUGACAAAUUUGUCAUUAUUAACUCCUGGUAAUAUGUUUGUAUUAUUCACUCGAGCUAACAUAUAUUGCCAAUGUUACUUGUGAUUCAAUAUUUUUGAAUAUACAUCUUGACAAUA